GGAUGGUCCGGGUGGUGGGGGUAAUCGGUACGAAUAAUAUAAAUAUCUUUAACAUUAUUGAAACCAUCAUAGUAGUGAUUUGGACUAAAAAUCAAUAAAAUGAAACUGAUCAUUCUGAGCUUGGCUAUUGCUGCAGUCUCCUGUGCUCCGGCUAGCCAACCAACUGCCGAACCAAUUCCAAUCCUUAGAUACGACAACGAAGGUGUCAAUCCUGAUGGAUCGUACCAAUGGAACAUUGAAACUGGCAACGGUAUCAGUGCUCAAGAAAAGGGUCAAGUGAAAGCUGGUCCCAAUCCCGAAGAAGCAGAAAUGGAAGUUGCUGGAUCGUAUGAAUACACCAAUGAGGACGGUUCAAAAGUCCAGGUUUCCUAUAUUGCUAACAAGGAUGGAUACCAACCUCAAUCAGACAUUUUGCCUACACCACAUCCAAUUCCCCCAGCAAUACUUAGGGCUUUAGAAUGGAUUGCAGCACAUCCUGAACCAGAACAAAAAGUUCGUAUUUAAAAAGCAAACUUCGUGAAUAUGAUUUGGCAGUUUUGUAAAUAACUUGUAAAUAAAAGUUUUUUACUUUUUGUGAUAAUAAUACAUACAAUUCAUUUGUCUACAAAAUUUAAAAAAAUUAAUAAGAAUGCAGUUUGAUCACUAUCCUGAAAAAUACAAAGACUUUCAUAAU